CAAUGAGGGGCAGACGUUUGUUGUGAGAUUUGUAUCCUAAUAUUUCGCAUUUCGUCGUUAAAUAUUUCUGUGUAAUGUAAUUAAAUUAGUUAGAUGAUCAAAUCUUUUAUAAUUUACAGUACGUAGAGAUUGUGUUCGAUUUUAGAAUUUAAAUGUAGACAUUUUAGGAUGUAUCUUAAACGUGUAUUGGUGCCUCUGUUCUGCCUUGGAUUAGAAGUUUUGACGCCGGUGGUCGCUGAUCAGGUUGAAAUUCGCGAAGUAGCCGCCGAUAAGGGUACUAACGUAACUAUACCUUGUGGUGAUCUACACGAAAACACUUCUAAUGUCCAGUGGGUGCACCGAGGCAACCGUACUCACCACACAGUGCUGAUGGACGGUGGUUUGCUCCUGAGGCAGGUGGGUGUAGAUGACGAAGGUCUAUACGAGUGCGGCGUUGAGAACGAGACGGCGUAUGUCGACAGAGUCAAUCUCACAGUCAGAACGGAACCCCCUCCAUUGGUGAAUGUAACGGUUCACGCGUCCACCAUCCUGGCGCUGAUCCUGUGGAACGUGGCUGGUGACGGCGGACACCCAAUUAUUGAUUUUACGGCGCAGUACCGUUCCGCCGCGCCCGUCAAUAACACGCUCGAGCCCUGGCGACCUAUCAGUCCUAAUCAUAUCAGUCCUAACUCGCGGCAAGUAGAUGUAUACCAUUUGGAACCUAACGCAUCGUACUGGUUCCGAGUGUGGGCGACUAACGCGCUGGGCCCCGGGCCGCCGGUCGAGGUGCUUGCCACCACGCUCUACAGCGACCAGGAAGCGGAGUUAUACAAACACUUCCUAGAGGGAGCUGAGAGCUUUGACACGCGCACUUGGCUGGCGGCCGUGUGCGUGGUUAUGGGCACGCUGGCAGUGCUCGCCGCCGGCACCUGCGCCGUGCUCUGCCGCGAGUGGCGCCGUCCCGAGUACGAGGAAGAUCAAGACAUUAUAGAAUUAGUGCCUAAUAUUAUCCUGAAUCCCGGCUUCAUGGAAACUGACCCUGUACGUCCGCGGGAAAGCUACGCGGCGUCCAUUAUCAAAUCGACAGAAUGCCCCGGUCCUGGCAAACCUAGGCGUGUCUGAUUUUCGUCUAUACUUAACCUUAGAAUAUUCUAUCUAUCCGAUCCAGGGUUUUUGUCAUGAUCGUAAUUUAACCUAAGAAAGGGGCUAACUAUAUCUCAGUUGAAACACAGAUCUUGAACAGAUAAAAAAUGUAUUACUUAAAAGCGCCUGUCAAAAAAUAAUACUUUUGAAAAUUCAGUCGUGCAUUUUACUAUUUCGCUUAAAAAUUGCGCAGAGGUAAAAUAAUAAAGGUUAGACAGUGUAUAUACUUUUGGCCCAAGGGUAAAGCAGAACAUAUCAAAAAAGGUACGUAAAAAUUAUUUUUACAAAAGCAUUGGGGCGAUAGAAUAUUCUUUAAGGUUUAAAUUUAAGAAAACACGACCGCGUGUUCAAUUGUACACCAAAUUGUGCUUCUCAAAAUGUUUCCAUUAUAAUUUUUAUCUGUUAUAUAUAUGCCGCUUUCUUUGUAAAAUUAUAAUAACAU